AUGUGCGGAGCUAUCAUUGCUAACCCGGACCGUAAAUCUGAAAGGUCAUUGAUUCUUCAAGGGGCUUCGACGCCCAUUAUCUCUGGUGGAGAGCUCAAUAGUGUUGGAGGAGACUAUAAUCGCAUCACCAUCAACUUUCAGUAUCAAGGUGUGCGACGGCGUACUAGGGAAAAUCGACACGUGUCGGUGAGUAUCAUCUACUCUUCAUUGAGGCCAGCGGAAUCCCAGGAGAGGUGUGACUAUCAAGACUUUAUCUUUGGAAUCACAUUUCUUAUUCGACUGGUACUUAGAUCAAGGAGUCCAACGGCAGAGGGACAAUCGACACGAGUUGGUACAAGCAAGUUCACACUCAGAUGGGUGGCAGUGCACAAAGGGGUAACAGGGAAUGAGAGAGUCGACAAGGAAGCAAAGAGGGCAGCUCAGGGGGACUCGAGCACGCAAGAAGAACUGCCGCCAAUCCUACGCAAGCACCUGCCAUACAGCGCAUCGGCAGUGAAGUAG